UAGUCACAGCAAUGAGAAACCUUAUUCUAACCUGGAUAUUUCUCUUUAUUUUACAUCUGACCAAAGAGGACACUUCAGUGCAAAAGCUGAGCGCCCCAGAAAAGCAUUUUCUUGUCCUGAUGUGUUCUGACGCUCCAUAUGUUGACUGGAGCCAUGGGCUGGAAAGGGUGAUCGCCUCUAGACGAGGAAAGCAGGUGUCUUACCUGGACCAAAGCAAACACCAGCUGCUUGAAGACGGCCAGCUCUCCAUUAAAGACCUGCAGGAGUCAGACGCAGGAGAAUAUUACUGCAACCAUCAGCUAGUGGCAGAUAUCACUGUGCUCAAAGGCCAUAACUUUACAGUUCCUGAGGGCACAACUGUUUAUCUGCCAUGUAAGACGUCUGAUAAAAUGAAGCAGAGAUGGGCAUUCAAACGCACUCCUCAGUCCAGAAAAGAGUUCAUCUCCACGCUUUAUAAAAACAGCACCGUAAAGAAAGAGAGAGCUGAUCCAACAUUAAGAUUCACUCAUACCAUCAACCACCUGAUUAUCUCCAAUCUCCAGCUGCAGGACUCUGGGCUUUAUCUGUGCAACAACAGAGAGAUGGCUUUCCUUACGGUGACCACAGUGCAAAAGCUGAGCGCCCCAGAAAAGCAUUUUCUUGUCCUGAUGUGUUCUGACGCUCCAUAUGUUGACUGGAGCCAUGGGCUGGAAAGGGUGAUCGCCUCUAGACGAGGAAAGCAGGUGUCUUACCUGGACCAAAGCAAACACCAGCUGCUUGAAGACGGCCAGCUCUCCAUUAAAGACCUGCAGGAGUCAGACGCAGGAGAAUAUUACUGCAACCAUCAGCUAGUGGCAGAUAUCACUGUGCUCAAAGGCCAUAACUUUACAGUUCCUGAGGGCACAACUGUUUAUCUGCCAUGUAAGACGUCUGAUAAAAUGAAGCAGAGAUGGGCAUUCAAACGCACUCCUCAGUCCAGAAAAGAGUUCAUCUCCACGCUUUAUAAAAACAGCACCGUAAAGAAAGAGAGAGCUGAUCCAACAUUAAGAUUCACUCAUACCAUCAACCACCUGAUUAUCUCCAAUCUCCAGCUGCAGGACUCUGGGCUUUAUCUGUGCAACAACAGAGAGAUGGCUUUCCUUACGGUGACCACAGAAUCGACUGAAAUUGAAAACAGCAGUCCAGAUAUAAAUAAAUAUCUGACAGUGGCCGUCCUGCUGGCUUUGUGCAUACUGGCGAUGGUUUGUGUUGGCCUUCUGUCUGUGACGAUUGGCUGGAAAAGCAGGAGAAGGAGAAGAAACAUUAGAAAAGAAACAGAGUCGACAGACAUUGCAUCAGGUCUACAAUUACAAAGGAUGUCAAAUGAAGGCCCCUGGAUGUUGGACACUGAUGAGGAUGCAGGGGAAAUCCAGUACGCGUCUCUGGGUGUGCAGCACUGGAGAGAGACAGACAGACAGCUGAGCAGCAGACAGCAUGUCAUUUACUCCACACUGAUCACGUCAUGAAAACAACACACUCAUUUACACUGGAUACAUACAGUCAAUAUGAGUCAUGUUCACUGAUAUGUAAAUAUAAACCGAAUACACUUAAAAACACCUUAUAUAGAACUGAAAUCACUGUCUUAGCUUUAUGUGUCAUCCUACAAACGCUAGCUUAUAUAUAAUCAAACAAAUGAAAAAUAAACCAUAGAAUAUA